AUGAGCAAGAUGUUCGCGCAAAGACUCACGACCGGCGCACGAGCCUCACAGCUGGGUCCACACCUGAGUAGAGGCGGCUCCUCUGCUUCCUCCUCUUCUUCGAUAUCUUCGAGGAUUGCAGGGACAUCAUCAAAGGUGCAUCGUAGUGCUGGAACAUCGUCAAUUAAGGGUUUCCACAUUAUAAAUCCUCCUGCACGAACUACAUGAUCCCUGACUCGUCUUUUCCCAGUAUGUAAGAAAGAAGUCAGCGAAGAUGUAGUUCUGAAGAAUGCAAAAAUGUCGCAACGACCUCUAAAUCAAAACGGGCUCAUGUAGUUCUAGUUCCCCAUCCUCGUGCCUUUUCUUCCACAUCCAGCCUGAAUGCACCACUGAGCGAGACAGAUGCUGAGGUCUUCAGCAUUAUUGAAAGGGAGAAAGCGAGACAGAAGCACGCGAUCAACCUUAUAGCGUCAGAGAACUUCACGUCGAAGGCAGUUUUGGAUGCACUGGGGAGUGUAAUGCAAAACAAAUACUCGGAAGGAUAUCCGGGAGCAAGGUAAUUCUAUUUUGAAGAAGAUAGUACAGAAGAAGGACAAGGACCUCCAGCAGCAUUUAGGAACAUCAAGCUGGACCUCCAGCGGCUGGACCACUAAUUUUACUUCUUCCUGCUCCUUCUUGUUCAAGGAUCAUCUCACUUUCAACCUCUCAACAGGUACUACGGCGGCAACGCCAUUAUCGAUGAGGCAGAAUUACUUUGUCAGAAACGCGCAUUGGAGGCUUUUGACCUCGAUCCUGCGAAAUGGGGUGUCAAUGUCCAAGUCUACUCAGGCUCACCAGCCAACUUUGCUGUGUUUACUGCACUGGUGCCGCCACAUGGAAUUAUGAUUUGUGGAUUAGCAUUUGUUGAUGAACAAGAGUGACUCACGACAUGAUAAUUAUCGUUGUUUCACCUGCUUCUCAAAUUCAUCAGACCUUUGUGCUGUCUCUUUUCCUUGCUUGAUGGAGUUUCUAGUAACUGUGGUUUUACUUAAUAGAGAAAUAUAUGUACAUCAUCAACUACCAACUACGUAUAUAUAAUUCUCGUUCUGAAGCUCCUCUACAACUACCUCUUCUAAGGAAAGAAUCAUGGGCCUUGACUUACCACACGGAGGCCACUUAUCCCACGGCUUUCAGACCGAUACGAAGAAGAUAUCCAUGGUGAGCAGGUUCUGGGAGACGCUCCCUUAUAGGUUGGACGUCAACACUGGUUACAUCGAUUACGACGAAUUAGCGCUUUUUGCGGGAAGGUUUCGCUUAUGGUUUGGAGAAAUGAUGAAAAUGAUAGAGAUAAUUGUGUAUUGUAAAAAUAAGUCUAGAGAAAAAUAUUAUGAAUGUUCUCACCCCCUCCAGACCCCUGCUCUUUUACUAGUACUUCUUUUACCCUCCUUCAUACCUCCCGAAGCUGAUCAUCGCAGGCACGACCGCUUAUAGUCGCAAGGUCGACUACAAAAAAUUUCGAGACGUAUGUGACGAUGUGGGCGCCAUCAUGCACUACGAUAUGGCUCAUAUUAGCGGUCUGGUAGCAGGGAAAGCUAUAGAAUCGCCCUUCGACUAUGCCGAUGUCGUCACGUCGACCACGCACAAAAGCCUAAGGGGCCCAAGAGGAAGCUUGAUCUUCUACCGGAUUGGCGAAAAAGGGCUGAACAAGAAGGGAAAGAAGAUCAUGUACGACUUCGAGAGCAAGGUACCGUUCUUAUUUUCAACUGUAGUUUUUUAUUGCUGAUGAUGAUGAACAUGAAUGGAGGUAGUACUAGAAGGAAAAGGUGUUUGAAUGACGAUGCUUAGUUUAGAGCCGUAGCUGUACUAUCAACGAGUAAAACCGAACAUCAUGAGCAGUGGCCUGAUGAUGAACAUGAAUGAUAGGACUAGAAGGAGAAGGAUGUAGUGAAAAAUUCACACUUCCUACUCAACAUCUCUUACUUCCUCUUCCACAACCCCACAACACGACAGAUCAACGAAGCUGUUUUCCCCGGUCUCCAAGGUGGUCCUCACAACCAUAGUAUCACGGCUUUGGCCGUCGCUCUGAAGAUGGCUCAGACACCUGAAUUUCGAGAAUAUCAAAAGCAAAUCGUAAGCAACAGUGCAGCUUUUGCCAAAGCACUACAACAACUAGGAUACGAUUUGGUCUCCGGAGGAACCGACAACCACUUAAUCCUGAUCGACCUGAAGAAAAGCCGAGGCGUAACUGGUGCAAAGGGGGAACGGAUUUGCGAAUUGGCGAACAUUGUUUUGAACAAAAACACGGUGCCUUUGGAUACGUCGGCUUUGAACUUACGACAUGCUUGUGAUAAGCAGAGCAUCGAACGACAUUGAGAACUUCUCGUAGUCGUCGUCAACAUCAAGAUGUACUAAAAAUCCUCAUUUCAUCGAUUCCCUCUAAUUCCCCCCUCCGGUCUUCGCGUCGGCACGCCAGCCAUGACGACCCGCGGUUUCAAGGAGGCUGACUUUGAGCAGGUAGCCGUCUUCAUGGAUCAAGCGGUGAGGAUCGCAGAUGAGAUCCAGCAAAAAUCAGGACCCAAACUGGCACACUUCUCGGAGUAUAUUGAAAAGGAACAACCUGCGAAUUUGACGUUGCUAAAGAAAGAGGUGAGCGACUUCUGUGCGGGGUUUCCGACUGUUGGGUAG